AUGUCAGUGCCUUGCGAGCUGUAUCUUGUGCGAGCUGUCCCUGUAGCCACUGGUCCUUUGAGGUGCCGGCAAAGACGGCACUGGGUUGAGGCAGAGGCCGUUGCGGAAGCCGAGCAAUACCUCGCCGAGGAGUCCGAGUUGGCCCGGCGCCAGGCCGACAAAACGCACAGCAGAAACUCUGCCGGUUUCUGGUUGUUUCUGCCUUUUGUUUGGCAUCUGGGUACACAGCCCCAGAAGGCUUUGUCAAUGAUGCGUCAUGUCUGGCGGAACUACGAGAAGCGUGCUUUCGCCAAGGAUGAGCUCAGGCCGGUGUCUGGCACUGGCCAAGACAGCUGGGGGGGCAUUGGCCAGACGCUGGUUGAUGCCAUGGACACGCUCUGGCUGAUGGGGUUUCGGAAGGAAUUCGACCGGGCAGCUGCCUGGGUGGAGAAAUCAUUGAGCUUUGCCCAUGACCUGAACGUGAAUCUCUUCGAAACCACUAUUCGCCAUUUGGGCGGGCUUCUUUCUGCCUUCGCGUUGAGUGGAAGGCCUGGGCUCUUGGCCAAAGCAGUGGAUCUGGGCGACCGCUUGAUCCAAGCGUUUCCGAGCAUCCCGGCAAUCCCCAGUCCUGCGCCGCCUGCGCCUGCGAAAGGUGACACCACCACCGGAUGGACAGACGACGUCAAGAAGCUGCUGCAACAGGUUGGUGUCCCGCAAAAUACGUUGGAUACAGUGCUUGGGAAAGAGGUCAAAACUGCGCCAGCAAGCUUGCCGUCGUCAGAUGUGAACCUGAAAACGGGAGAAACAAAAAACCUAGCUGGCUUCGUCUCCCUCGCUGAAGCGUAUGUUCCGAUGGAAUGGAAGUAUUUGACUGCAUUGACUGGCAACUGUACUUACUCGCGAGCUCAGGAUCAGGUGCUGCGCACUCUGAACGCUUCCCUGGACCUCCAGAACCGGGGUCUAGGCGCCAUCUUGCUGAGAUCUGAUGGCAGCACUUUCGCAUCUCCGGAGAACCGCAUUUCCUUGGGAAGCCGCGGCGACUCUUUCUACGAGUACCUCUUGAAAGACAGCCUCUUUGCAGGCGAGCAUGCGGAUCCGUUGGCAAGGACUUUGUGGAAUUCCUUCAGACGCAAACUCCCGGAGCUUCUGGUGGAAGUUGACCCGCAGCCAGCAGCGAGCCGAAGGAAGCGGAGGCGCAGCCCAAAGGAAGAGGUGCCUCGAGGCUUUGCAGGAUCCCUAGGUGGAUGGUACGAAUCCUGGCGUGAGUGGCCGACACCAUGGUUGUUUGUUAAGGAGCUGUCCGCCAGCCACACCAUUCCGAAGAUGGAUCAUUUGAUCUGCUUCCUCCCAGGAGCCAUUGCGCUUGAGGUGUUGCACGAGCAGAAGCGAAACGAUCGCAAAAGUAAGGUUGACCUGCGACUGGCCCACAAGCUUGUCGAGACUUGCGUCCAUACGUACUGGCGCACCGCUUCCGACCUUGCACCGGAGAUCACCCGGUUCAAUGCCUUCGGCUUGGUGGACGACCUGGGAUCGAUGCACAACAUCCUACGGCCAGAGACGAUAGAAAGCCUCUUCGUCCUGUGGCGGACCACGAAGAAGCAAAUCUACAGAAAUUGGGGUCAGCGAAUGUUGUGCGCCUUCUAUCGAUCGAAAACACCGUUUGGCUUUGCCAGCUUGCACAACGUCAACCAUCCGGUGAAGAAGCGCGAUGACAUGCCAUCGUUCUUCGUAGCUGAGACGCUCAAAUACCUGUUCUUGCUUUUUUCCGAUGAUGCUAUCCUUCCUUUGGACCAGUUUGUCUUGGGAACGGAAGCUCACCCCGUGCCACUACUCCAAACAUUGCGAUCUUCUUGGCCGUGUGAACUACUCACACUUCCAAAGGCUUUCGCAGAGGUGGAACAGGUCCCGGAAGAAAGCGAAUCUGAAGCGACUGAGCCAUCACAGCCUGUGCUGGAGCCAGUUCCACCGAGCGACACCACGACCGCCACACCGUCCAGUAAGGCCCAGGAGAGUGGCCGUGGACGGGAGAGGUUCUGA